AUGAUCUUCGAGUGUAAAGAGGCUGUUGAGUUUGCUUGCAUGGCUGUACGACCACCGGCAAACCGCAACAGCACAAUGCAGAGAGGGCAUCCGUUGAGCGGAAGUUCGAAGCAAGGGGAACUUAGCCACCACUUGGGCUUAGCCUUCCAGAAGGGAGGAGUGUCUGAAACAGUAGAGAAGAACCCUCUGUUAGUGACGGUGCGCAGGGCGUCGUCAGGACGACAGAAGGAGACCACAACUGGAACAGACACAGACGUCUGGGCUGAGUUUCCGUGUAAAGGAGCAGGAUCUGAAGAGAUGUCUCUUUCUAGUGAUUUACUUGAUGAUGAAUACGAGGACAUAUUUGUCGUGCAGCAACACAAGAAGACAAACGACCUUGAGGAGCUUGGCAAAACCCUAAAGGAAUUUCUUGCCUGCAUCAAGCACGUUAAGGGAACAGUUGCAGACGACAUGCAUGCAGUGAGCAGACAGCUUGCCAAGCACUCUGCCGGCGUCACGUCUGCUAGAUCUUUCGGUGAGCUGCAGCACCACAUCAACGAGAUCGUCCAGCUGAGUGGUCCCGAGUUGGGCUGCGCGUGGUCUACGGUGAAGGUUGGCGUGGGGGUAGCUUCUGUGCUGUCGGGAAACCUCUUAGUUGGCAGCUUCAUGGUGGCUCUUGCCGCUGGGUCCCUGGGGACUUCGCUUGUGUGGAAGGCUCACAGGGACAGCCAAAGAAAACCGGAAUCCCCGACAGUGAUUGACGAUAAAGAAGAAAGCCGUAGGAGAAACGAGAGGAAUACAGUGCCCAAGGGGUGUGUCUCACGCCUACGGAUGGGCGAUGACGGAGAGAGUCGGGAUCCACGACUGCUUCGUGAGCCUUCCACCAGACAGAGCAAAGAUCGGAUGCAUUCAGUGCAGUGGUCACUACAUACGAAGGACCUCCAAGAUGGUUCCGUACUCUUAGGGGCUGGGAAAGAGCAGCUGGAAGAAUAUGACGCCUGGAGUGGGAAAGGAAAGAGGAAGGGAAGCCGCAACAGCAGCAGAUGGCUAUUCAACUAG